UCCUUACUUUCUCUCUCUCUCUAGAACUGCUUUCUCUCUCUAGAAAUCCCUAAUUUUCGAGAGAUUUUCGAUGAAAAUUUCAGAGUAGAAACUGUUUUUCAAUUCGAUCUGUUUGUUAUCAUCAUCUUCUUCUUUCAAUUUCUCGUUCGUUUGAUUCACCUCACUUUCUCUCUCUAGAACACUUUCUCUCUCUAGAAAAAACCUAAAAUACGAGAGGUACAGAGAGAGAUUGAUGAAAUUUUGAAGAAAGUGUUGUUUAGUUCGAUCUGUUUUUCAAUUUCUCGUCGUUUGAUUCACGUUACUUUCUCUCUCUAGAACGCUUUCUCUCUCUAGAAAUAAACCUAAAAUACGAGCGGUACAGAGAGAGAGAGAGAGAUUGAUGAAAUUUUGUUAGUAGAAAGUGCUGUUUAAUUCGAUUUCGAAUCACGUUCCGGUUAGUUUCUCUCUCUAGAAGUUUUCUCCCUAGAAAAAACUAAAUUUCGAGAGAAACAGAGAUUUUGGUGAAAUUUUGUUAGUAGAAAGUGUUCUGCUGUUCAAUUCGAUCUGUUCUUCGGCUUCGUAUUAUUGUUUUAGUUUCUGGUUGUUCGAAUCGAAAGAUUUGGUAAAGCUAUGUCUUCUCUAAGCAGAGAGCUUGUGUUUUUAAUUCUUCAGUUUCUAGAUGAAGAGAAGUUCAAGGAGACUGUUCACAGAUUGGAGCAAGAAUCAGGUUUUUUCUUCAAUAUGCGUUAUUUUGAAGAAAUGGUGACAAAUGGUGAUUGGGAUGAGGUGGAGAAGUAUUUGUCUGGAUUCACAAAGGUGGACGAUAACAGAUAUUCGAUGAAGAUCUUCUUUGAGAUACGGAAACAGAAGUAUCUAGAAGCGCUAGACAAGAAGGAUCGGUCUAAAGGCGUUGACAUUUUAGUGAAGGACUUGAAAGUGUUUUCUGCGUUUAAUGAGGAUCUGUUUAAAGAAAUAACUCAGCUUUUGACUUUAGAUAACUUCAGGGAUAACGAACAAUUAUCAAAAUACGGAGACACUAAAUCUGCUAGGGGGAUAAUGUUGGGUGAGCUAAAGAAGUUGAUUGAAGCAAAUCCCCUGUUUCGCGACAAGUUAAACUUUCCGAGCUUAAAGAACUCAAGACUUCGAACACUUAUUAACCAAAGUCUGAAUUGGCAACACCAGCUUUGUAAAAACCCGAAGCCGAACCCGGACAUCAAAACACUGUUUGUUGAUCAUUCUUGUGGGCAGUCUCAGCCAAACGGUGCACGGGCCCCAUCACCAGUAACUAAUCCAUUAAUGGGCUCUGUACCAAAGCCUGCAGGCUUUCCACCUCUGGGUGCUCACGGUCCUUUCCAGCCUGCACCUGCACCUCUGCCAUCAUCUCUUGCUGGUUGGAUGGCAAACCCAUCUGUGCCUCAUCCGUCAGUUUCUACAGUCCCUAUUGGGUUCACCCCGCCUAAUAAUGCUGCUUUGUUAAAGCGACCUAGGACUCCUCCCACCAACAAUCCAGCUGUAGAUUAUCAAACAGCUGAUUCUGAACACGUGUUGAAGAGAACGCGUACAUUUGGGAUAUCUGAUGAACAGGUCAAUCAUAUGCCUGUAAACAUGUUACCUGUUGCUUAUAUGGGUCAAAGCCAUGGUCAAAGCUCUUACUCGUCUGAUGAUUUGCCUAAGACUGUGGUAAUGACCCUAAACCAGGGGUCUGUAGUCAAAAGUAUGGAUUUUCAUCCAGUACAGCAAAUUCUGCUUCUUGUUGGAACUAGCAAUGGAGACAUCAUCUUAUGGGAAGUAGGUAGCAGGGAGAAGCUUGCCCACAAGAACUUCAAGAUUUGGGAUAUUAGCGUUCUUACGAUGCCUUUGCAGGCAUCUUUCACCAACGACAAUACUGCAUCAAUAAAUCGUGUAACCUGGAGCCCUGAUGGAACACUGUGCGGUGUUGCAUUUUCAAAGCACAUUGUGCAUAUAUACUCCUAUCAUGGUGCUGAUGAUCUUAGAAACCACUUGGAGAUUGAGGCUCAUGGUGGCAGUGUUAAUGAUCUUGCUUUCUCUUACCCGAACAAACAACUUUGCAUUGUGACUUGUGGCGAGGACAGAUUAAUAAAUGUGUGGGAUGCAGUCACAGGGGCAAAGCAGUUUAAAUUUGACGGUCAUGAAGCACCUGUAUAUUCUAUAUGCCCACAUUUCAAGGAAACUAUUCAGUUUAUCUUCUCCACAGCAACCGAUGGGAAAAUUAAGGCUUGGUUGUAUGACAAUGUGGGUUCUAGGGUGGAUUAUGAUGCACCAGGUCAUUCAUCAACCACUAUGGCAUAUAGCGCCGAUGGAACAAGGUUAUUCUCAUGCGGAACAAAUAAAGAUGGAGAUUCAUACAUUGUUGAAUGGAAUGAAAGUGAGGGAGCUGUGAAACGUACUUUUAACGGGCUUGGUAAACGAUCCGCUGAAGUUGUGCAGUUUGAUACUACCAAGAAUCGUUUCCUUGCAGCUGGUGAUGAAUUUAUGGUUAAAUUCUGGGAUAUGGAUAAUGUCAACUUAUUGACCACAACUGAUGCUGAUGGUGGUUUACAGGCUUCUCCUUGCGUUAGAUUUAACAAAGAAGGGAUUCUGUUGGCUGUAUCAACAAAUGAUAACGGGAUCAAGAUUCUUGCUAAUCAAGAUGGACUUAGGUUACUAAGAACACUGGAGAGCCGACCGUUUGAUGCUUCUAGGGUCGCAUCUGCAUCUAUUGUAAAGAGCCAGACCCCCAUGAUGACCAUGUUUGGUGCUGCUGCUAACACACCUGUGGGACCCAGUAUUAUGGAUAGGGUCACACCAAUGCCUCCGAUGGUGGUUAUGAAUGGUGACAAUCGGAACCCGAUUGAUGUGAAACCCAGAAUAGUAGAUGAGGCUAUGGAAAAACCUAGAGCAUGGAAAUUAACAGAAAUUACAGAACCGUCACAGUGUCGCUCAUUAAGGCUUCCUGAUAGUACAUCUUCAGCAAUGCGGGUUUCAAGACUGAUAUACACAAAUUCGGGACUUGCUAUAUUAGCUCUAGCAGCUAAUGCUGUUCAUAAACUAUGGAAAUGGCAAAGAAAUGAUCGCGGUUCAACUGGGAAGGCUACUGCUAGUGUGACACCUCAGCUAUGGCAACCACCAAGUGGCAUAUUGAUGACCAAUGAUAUUAGUGAUACAAACCCUGAAGAUGCUGUUCCAUGUUUUGCAUUGUCCAAGAAUGACUCGUAUGUUAUGUCUGCUUCUGGAGGGAAAAUUUCUUUGUUUAAUAUGAUGACGUUUAAGACUAUGACUACAUUCAUGUCUCCACCGCCUGCGGCAACGUUUUUGGCAUUCCAUCCACAAGAUAACAACAUUAUUGCCAUUGGCAUGGAGGAUUCUUCAAUCCACAUUUACAAUGUUCGAGUUGAUGAGAUCAAAACGAAGCUAAAGGGUCAUCAUAAACGGAUUACUGGUCUGGCUUUCUCCAAUGUGCUCAAUGUCUUGGUAUCUUCUGGCGCUGAUUCUCAGUUGUGUGUUUGGAACACAAAUGGAUGGGAAAAACAAACAAGUAAACUCUUGCAAAUUCCAGCAGGACGUGUGGCUGCUCCCCUUGCUGAUACGCGUGUCCAAUUUCACCAAGAUCAAACUCAUUUGCUAGCCGUACAUGAAACUCAGAUAGCCGUUUAUGAAGCACCUAAAUUGGAAUCUCCUAAACAGUGGUUCCCGCCAGAGACAAGUGGGUCGAUCACCCAUGCUACUUAUUCAUGUGAUAGCCAGUCGAUAUUCGUGAGCUUUGAGGAUGCAAGUGUCGGUAUUCUUACUUCAUCAACACUCAGGUUGCGAUGUCGUAUCACUUCAACUGCUUAUUUGCCAAGCAAUCCAAACUUAAGGGUGCAUCCACUUGUUAUAGCUGCACAUCCAUCUGAACCGGAUCAAUUCGCGUUGGGACUUACCGACGGUGGUGUGUGUGUGCUUGAGCCACUGGAGUCAGAAGGCAAAUGGGGUACAUCACCUCCAGCCCUAGAAAAUGGUGGUGCUGGACCAAGUAGUACAACUCCCGGUGCAGCAAGUACAACUGAUCAAGCACAGAGGUAACUUACAAACGUUAGGUACAUCGUUUUAGAGGAUGGUCAUUCCUUACAAGCUAGUUUUGACAACACCAUAAUUUUAAGAAAAAAAGUAUUUUAGAAAUGAUGUCAUCGCUGUUUAGGCGUUAGGUUCUGGAGUAGAAAAAGGAUUUGUUUUGAUGGGGUAAAGUUUAUGAACACACAUUGACGGUUGGUUUAUUUUUCUUGUUCUAAUUAUAAAAAUUUGGAAAUGAUUGUAGGCCUUUGGUAAUGGCCUCAAGUUUUUCAUCUCUUUAUAUCUUUAUUGUUUUUGUUUUCCUGUAAUAACUGGUUAUUGAUAGUUCUUUAUGUUUGAGAU